AUCGUUCCAUUAGCCAAUACUCCCAAACGAACAGAUGACCUCCCUUAAGCGCCUAACGAAGAGGUGUUGCAAUCGCACAGUGCGAGCGGGGCGGGAAGACUUGUCAAUGUAUCAUCGCUAUCGCGAAUCCGCUCUCCACGGAUGGAGGACUUCCGGUUGCAUUCUUGGAUGUUCGUCCCGCAGUUGGUUAGUUUGCGGUAAGGACUGGAAGCAUGGCCGACGAUGCGAUUCGGACCCUUUCAGAAGUAUCCGCGUCCUGACCGUCCCAUAUAGAGAAGCAAAAUAUUGAUAGGAGGUGUUCCUAUCACGGAAACACUCUACGCGCCGAGCUCCGACGCACUCUCGUACUUUGCCAAACACCGAGGAGAAAGGGCACAUGUACACUUGUCUACAUUGUCUGAAGUUCUAAAACUUGGUGUUUACCUGAAUUUCCCCAAGUUCCCCAGGAUCACUCUCACAAGCCAUCAUGGGGAAAUUCCAAGACGAUGUAGACAAGCGCCCCCUCAUGUCCUCCAGCGACGAAGGCAUCGACGAGGUUGAAGCUCUGCGACCUCGUUGGAGCCUUGCGCCAGGUAGUUCUCCCUGGCGCCGUCGCAUCCUCACUGUCAUCUUCAUCGCACAAACAUUGCUCAACAUCAUACUCAUUGGGUCUGGUUUUUACCUGUAUUCGCGGAGGGGCCCGAACAAUCCUAUUUUCCCCCAGUUAACGUAUUCGCCGGCCCAGGAUGUGCUCUCGUUCAAAGUCCAUAAGUUCUACGAGGGUUUUGGCGCGAACAAAACCAUUUACAUGGGCAACCCCUCCGACGAGGUUGACAAGGUCUGGGAAGACCUCUACAGCUUCGGUAUUUCUGAGAUCCCCAGGGGAACGGCAGCGAAACUAGUCAACAAGACUUACCCGAUCGCUGGCUCUGGGGGCAAUUACAUCGUCGAACUCGAUGUAUUCCACCAGCUUCACUGUUUGAAUACGUUGAGAAUGGCUUUAACGCCUGAUUACUACAGGCAGAAGAACCUCACUGAUCUCGAAAGGUCAUUCCUCGAGCUACCUCACGCGUAUCACUGUUUGGAUGCUCUCCGCCAGUCUCUGACCUGUAACGCCGAUAUCAGCACGUACGUCUGGCACUGGGACCCUGUAGAUGAGAUGGUAAAACCUACCGGCAACGUAGUUCACACCUGCAAGGACUAUGACAGGAUCGUCGACUGGGCGAAGGAACACCAUCUCCAUUCUUUCUUUGACAACAAGGUUUAUGUAGAAGAUGACUUGGAAAUCCCAAUCAUUUACGCGUAGUCCAUUUCCCCAAUCACUGCGGUUAUUCGGUCGUUUAGGUUUAGUUGGUAGUCGCACUUUGUGAUGUGUUGCAUGUUUGUAAAGCAAAUUCCCGUUCAUGAAAUGUACAAUGGUCAUCAAUGUAUUUACC